UAAUUAUCCUCGGUCGUGGGUGAUCGUACUCUUGUUCUCUUCUCUCGUUCCUUCUCUCUCUAUCCCCACUCCCAUUUUUAUCUGUUCGUUAAGCAAGCACUACCGGCUUAUUACCACGCAGAAAAAAGCUUUACCGUUGCCAUUUCCAUUUGGAGACGAGCGCCCUGGAAGCGAGAAAACCUCGGUGAUCUCCCCCGCCUCCUGCUAUAAAAUCCUCCCAGGACCAGGCGGAUCUGCUGCAGAGUCCAUUUCGGCGAAGCCCACCGAGGAGCGUUAGGGCACUGGAUCUGCUUCAGUUACACUAUCCUUGGCCAAAGCAAGCUAUCUAUUGCGCCUUUGACUUUGGUGGGAGCAUCACAGUUGUUCUCAACUGAAGACAUGGCUUUAAAAUCAAGUAGACGCUCAGAUGAAAUCUACAGAGAACCUCAUCUAUGCCGGAAGAAGGAAUUCAGAUCAUCUGUAAUUAAAAUCGUCGAUUCAUCCUUGAACUCAAAUUUGCUGCCCGCCGACAGUGUUUAUUCAAUUCCUGCAUCAGAAGAUGAUUUUUGUUUGAAUAAACGAAGGAAGAUGGAUGAGGAAUAUGACCCCCUUCUGGCAAAUGGAAAUAUGAGAGAGAGCACAGCAAGAAACUUCACAACUAUAAGAUAUAUGUCAUCUCCAAUACACAGCGCAGAUGGCAAAUCAUGUAUGAUUUCUUCAAAUGCAGAAAUUACAGCAGGAUCACAUUCUAAUGGCAAUAAUGAACAGGCAUCAUCUGCAUCAAGCGUGUCGCCUUACAAUGGUCAGAGCAUUAAAGAUGCUUGGGAGUGUUCAUUGCCUGAUACUAACGCUGCAAAACCAUUAACAGAAUUAACAUCAGCGAGGGACCUUUGCAUAUUCAUCCUCAAAAGUGAAAUAUUCCCCACUAAAUGUUCAGAACUUAGCAGAACAUCAAGUACCAUAGACGAUGAUGAUAAUCAAAGCAGUCCUUUAUUUGAAUGCAUGAAAUGUGGGUCAAUGGAAGAUCCAUCCAAAAUGUUAAUUUGUGAUUGUUGUGAAGGUGCAUUUCAUUUAUCGUGCUGCAAACCACGUGUCAAGAAAAUACCAGAAGAAGCGUGGUAUUGCCUGGUCUGUAAAAGAAAGAAACCUAAGAGGCACUAUGGGAAGUUGACGAGUCCCAGACGUGAAUUACCCAAGGACAUUCAAAGACCUCGCCGAGGUCUUGGUCCUAUUCGAGAUAUGUUGGUGGAUGCUGAAUCAUAUGAAAGUGAGGUGAGGAUUGGUAGCAAGUUUCAAGCAGAUGUUCCAGAAUGGUCUGGUCCUAUUUCUAGCAACGAAGAUCAGUUUGCUGAGCCCACUGAACUUGAUCCUAAUGAAAUAACGAUGCUGGGUUGUUUACAGGAUAAGAAAACCAGUAUCGGUAAUUGGAUCCAGUGCCGAGAAGUUCUAGACACAGGAGUUGCAUGCGGCAAAUGGAGGAGGGCACCAUUGUUUGUUGUUCAACCAAGCAACUGGGACUGUUCAUGUUCGGUUAUUUGGGAUCCUAUCCACGCUGAUUGUGCUGUUCCGCAGGAAUUGGAGACUGAUGAGGUUCUUGAGCAAUUGAAGUACAUAAAUAAGCUGAAGAAUCGUCUGGGGAGCAAUCAGAAAUGCUGAAAGAUGUACAUAUGCCAGAUGUGAGUUUUUCUAUGUGAAGGUUUUGUCUACAGACUAAAAGGGGAAGAAGAAGCAUACAAUCAGGGAGUUCUUGCACCAGUCCUGUCACAAGUCGGCGUCAAUACAGUGGUUCGGUUUUUCCCAGAUGAAGUUAGAACUAGAAGAGAUGUAUGGUGUGUAUAUAUGCAUCUUGCCUUCAGCCCUUCCCACAGCGAAAGUCCCUUCCCACGCCCAAUGCACCGUUGUACUGUGCGUUUUGGUGUCUUUGUAAACAAGAGCAAAGAAAAGGCAUUUCAAGACCAAAAGCCAUACAGAUAUAAAGAAAGGAAGAGUAAAAAGCCGAUACAGCUGGAUGCUUACCCACUGCUAUGGAGACUGGAAGUUUUUUUUUUCUAAUUUUUGUGUGCGCGUGUGUGAGAAAGACAGAGAGAUCAAAAUCCAGGCUGUAUUGUAUCAUGCAGGCCUGAAGCCGCCGGUCGAUUUUGUUAGCAACUUAGCAUGGAUUGUAAACUGGUGUGUUAGAGCUGUCAUCUUCACACCAGAAACAUCCAUGCAUAUGACUGGAAGAGUGAGCCACAAUGUAUAUAUAGUUUCCUUGAGAAAUCUGAAUCACAAUGUGUAGUUCCCGAGUGUCACAGUCAUCGUUCAU